CCCAAACUUCAUAAUAAUGGCAUUAAACCCUACCGUUUUUCUCUUCCUCACAUUCCCAGCAUCCAUCGCAGCCGACUUCAAUCACUUUGUUCAGGCAAAGAGUCAAGAUGAGCAAAGGGAGCAGUGGGGUCGUGAAGGGAGGGAAGAAGAAGGGCGCAACGUUCGUCAUCGACUGCUCGAAGCCAGUCGAUGACAAGAUCAUGGACAUUGCAUCGCUGGAGAAGUUCCUGCAGGAGCGCAUCAAGGUCGGCGGCAAGGCCGGAGCCCUCGGCGACUCUGUCACCGUCACCCGCGACAAGACAAAGAUCACCGUCACCUCUGAUUCCAACUUUUCCAAGAGGUAUUUGAAAUACUUGACGAAGAAAUACCUAAAGAAGAACAAUGUGCGUGACUGGCUCCGUGUUAUUGCUUCAAACAAGGAUAGAAGUGUGUAUGAACUAAGGUACUUCAACAUUGCUGAGAAUGAUGCAGAGGACGAAGAUUAAGAGUAGUAAUCACUCUUUUUUUCCAGAUGGUAUUGUAUUUUUAGUUUUGAACUGUCAUUAUAUUACCUGUGUUUGAACAUGUAUUCUCUGAAUCAGAUGUUGCACCUUUUUCCUUUCUCUACUUCUCAUUAGAUCAUCAGAUAUUGCACCUCUUUUCUGUCUCUACUGGUAAAAUUAGAUUUUCAUUGUGGAUUUUUAUUUUUCCUCAUUUUUGUUAUAUUGUGAUUUUAAAGUUUGGGUC